GCAAAAUGGCGAAUGUCAGAAAACUCAGUUUUUGUGAUUUGUUCUGUUAUUUUUCCCUCCUAACCGUUUACUUCGGUGGUGUAUUGUCUGCAUCGACUUCUAAAAGAAAUGUUCUUGUAAUAAUAGCUGAUGAUGGUGGUCUUCAAGGCGGAUUCUAUAACCAGUCUGCAUGUAAGACACCAAACCUGGACCAACUAGCAAAACAUAGUGUCACCAUAAGAAAUGCCUUCACUUCAGUCAGCAGUUGCUCGCCCAGCAGGUCUGCCAUUUUGACUGGUCUGCCACAGCAUCAGAACGGCAUGUAUGGUCUGCAUCAAGACGAACAGCACUUCAUGUCGUUUGAUAAAGUCCAAAGCCUUCCUCUUAUAUUGAAAAAACAUGGUGUAAGAACAGGUAUUAUUGGAAAGAAACAUGUUGGUCCGUCGGAGGUGUACCCUUUUGAUUUUGCGUACACAGAAGAAAACUACCCAAUCGCACAGGUCGGAAGAAACAUCACUUUCAUGAAGAAUCUUGUUCACAAGUUUUUUCAAGGAGCUGAUUCCAGGUCUUUUUUCCUGUAUAUUGGUUUCCAUGAUCCUCAUCGAUGUGGGCACACGAAUCCCCAGUUUGGCAGUUUCUGUGAGAAAUUUGGAAAUGGUCAGCCAGGGAUGGGCUUGAUUCCAGAUUGGAAGCCAACACAUUACAGCCCGGAUGAGGUGGUCGUUCCUUAUUAUGUCCAAGACACUCCUGCGGCCCGGGCUGACAUUGCUAACCAAUACACUACUAUAAGCCGAUUAGAUCAAGGUAUCGGAUUGAUAUUGAAUGAAUUGAAAGAAGCAGGCCACUUGGAUGACACCCUGGUCAUCUAUAGCUCCGAUAAUGGUGUACCGUUCCCAAGUGGUCGAACAAAUUUGUAUGAACCUGGAAUGAUCGAACCAAUGUUGGUGUCAUCACCGUUAGACAAAGAGCGGUGGGGACAGGUGAGUGAUGCCAUGACAAGCCUCACAGACAUCGUACCCACAGUCCUAGACUGGUUCAACAUCACAUACCCGACUUACAAGGUGAUGAAACAUCGUGUCAAACUAACAGGCAAAUCAAUGCUUCCUGUUUUGAAAUCGGAACCACGUAGCGGUUGGGACGAGGUCUACGCCAGCCAUAAUCUUCAUGAAGUGACAAUGUACUACCCGAUGCGAGUCAUCCGCACACGACAGUACAAACUCAUACAAAAUUUAGGGUAUAAAAUGCCAUUUCCUAUUGAUCAGGAUUUCUUCAUCUCGCCGACAUUCCAAGACAUUCUUCAACGAUCGAAAAACCACAAACCUCUACCUUGGUAUAAAACGUUGAAAAAUUAUUACUACAGGGACAAGUGGGAAUUAUUCGACGUGUUGGCCGAUCCAAAAGAACUUGUUAAUCUUGCUAAAGGUGAUAGAUAUUCAAGUGUUUUGAACAGUCUGAAGGUACAGCUGAAUCAUUGGCAGAAUAUUACGGCAGAUCCAUGGAUAUGUUCGCCUGAUGGAGUGCUUGAAGCGAAAGGAGAUUACAAACUCAAUCCGCAGUGCAUGCCUCUGUACAAUGGCCUGGAGUGGGAUAAUUAUCAUGAUGUUUAUCACAAUCACAUUGAGACUUAGGGUCGUUGUAUAACAUAAUGAAACGGCCAGGGGCCAUUGUGCUCACCGUAUACAUCUUUUAGUAGGCAGGAUCAUGCUUAGUUUAGAGGUGAAUAUGGUGAACACAAUCAGGCAUGAAGACUUUUUUUAGAUGUGUAUUGAUGUCAAGUAAUAAGACAGGGCAGUAUAUAUAAGUUUAUGAUCCAACCAAUAAUUGUCUAUGACAUCAACAAGAUCAAUAUCGUGUGAUUGCUAAGAGUCCCUGCAAUAAAAAAUUCAUCGAAAAAAAGUCAUUAAUAAGCGAGAUAUUGCACGUCCUACUUUUUCAGUUUUGACCCCCUGGUUGCCAAAUCAAGAAUCAGAUCAGGCCAAAAUUCGGUGUCAGAGAUUAUCUGAUGUAGGGGGUUACAUGUACCAACUUUCAAGUUCAUAGCUUCAGCAGUUAAGAAACGUGCCAUAGUUACACUCUAAUGGCCAAUUUACGCCAUUUGACCUCUGUGACCUAGAUAAGGAGGUCAAAUCCAAAAAUCGGACAUGUGGUGUAUCCUUGCUAGAAGUCCCUGCCAUAAAAAUUUUAUCGAAAACAAUUCACUCAAAUAAGCAAGAUAUUGCACUUCUUCCUUUUUCCAUUAUGGCCCCCUGGUGGCCGAAUAAAGAAUCAGAUCAGGCCAAAAUUCAGCAUCAAAGGUUAUCUGAUGUAGGGGGUUAUAUGCACCAAGUUUCAAGUUCAUAGCUCUACUGGUUAAGAAACGUGCCAUAGUUUACACUCUAACGGCCAAUUUACGCCAUAUGACCUCUGUGACCUUGAAAAGUAGGUCAAAUUGAAAACCCGUAAGACAUGUGAUGUAUUCUUCCUAAGAGUACCUACCAUAAAAAUUUUAUCGAAAACAAGUAACUUAUAAGCGAGAUAUAACACUUUUUAGAUAUCCACUUUUGGCCCCCUGGUGGCAAAGUUGAGAAUCAGAUCAAACUGAAAUUCAGCACCAGAGGCUAUGUGAUAUAGGGGGUUAUAUGUACCCAGUUUCAAGUUCAUAGCUUUAGUGGUUAAGAAACGUGCCAUAGUUUACACUCUAACGGCCAAUUUACGCCAUAUGACCUCUGUGAACUUGAAAAGUAGGUCAAAUUAAAAACCCGUACGAUAUAAGAUGUAUAUUCGCUAUGAGUACCUACAACACAAGUUUCAUCGAAAACAAGUCACUAAUAAGUGAGAUAUCACACUUUUUAGAUAUCGACAUUUGGCCCCCUGGUGGCCAAGUUGAGAAUCAGAUCGGACCGAAAUUCAGUGUCAGAAGUCACCUGACCUAGGGGGUGCUGUGUACAAAGUUUCAAGUUCAUAGCCCUAGCGGUUAAGAAACGUGCCACUGUUUUUGAAAUAGGAUACGACGACGGACGACAGACGACAGACGACGACGACGGACGACGGACACUGCGGUAUUACAUAGACUCCCCUACGGUGAGCCAAAAAGUCAAUCAGUACUAGUUCAUAUCUACACCACAGGGGCUAAUGUAUAAAAGAUGUGUUUAAAGUAACAAAAUGUUUAGUCCACAUUAUAUUCAAGAUUAUGAAGAUCUGUCACUCAGAAAGCAUUUUGUUCAAUACAUUUGUACAGCUGAGAGUUUGACAGAGGUUUCACUGGUAUUUUAUUUGGUCAGCUUAUAAAGAUAAGUACCUGCAUUUACAAGAAAAAGGGACAAAUAAUUACCAGGGACGCAGCCAAGAUCAACAGUAAGAUCACUAACGGCCGCGCCCCUAGACACUAACAGUGUUCUUAGAUACUUCAACAUAAUGAUACGACCCACAAAAUCUAGUUUUUGUUGUGCAACUAUUUUGGAACACCCUGUUUUGUGAAUUAAUCUAAUUAUUUCAUGUUCUAUUGAAGUGUAUGAUAUACAAUCAUGUGGGUACACGAUUUCACACUGGGUCAGAAAAGAAGUAAUUAUUGCGCCCGCUUUGAAUGAGACAAUCGAUUUUUUGGCCCAUAAUCAUAUUUAAAAAUACAGGUGUUUGGUUGUGUAGAUCACUAAUUAAUACCCCAAGAAAAAACGUUUGUUGUGACAAAAAAUGCUGCGAUUGUGGUUUGUGUGUGCAAAACUGGCUUGGUGGACCUUGAUUGGUUUUAUUUUUUUGGUGCUAAUUCUGUUCACCGAAGAACAUGUACAUGUACAUGUACACAACAUAUUGUGAUGAACACCAAGACGGCAGCACACUCGGCUUUAUUCCUUAUUGGAGAAAUAGGGUUGUCUUCAGCCCCACUGUCAAAGAUAUUGCAUCGGUGUGGCAGAGAGAUCAUGUUCUUUUGGUGUGUUUUUGAAUCUAUCACUCAACAAAACUACACAUAGGAGGUGCCCCGCCUGAUAUUAACACAAUGAAAUGAACGUUAUGAGAUUGAUCUGUACUGUAUGUACAUGCAGAGGGUGUGAAAGUUUUUUACUGUUUCUAGAGACAAGUUAUACAAUUGGGCCGUCGAUUGUUCUGUACAAUGCCUUGAAUACUGUGACCAUCACUCAAUUCGCAUGCUUUUACACAUGUAUCAUAUCAUGUACACAAACAAAUGUACAUGUUCAUUGACAAUUUCUAUACAUUUCUAUAUUAUUAUAAUAAAUCAUUUUAUUUUGU